UACCCCCUGUCAUCAAAAUCCCAAAACUCUGGCCGGCGCAGAAACACCUCGUAUCUUACGAAAUCGCCGGACAUGGCGACCACCGCCGGCACCGAUCUCUCAGGCGACCGCAUCAGCAACCUCGCGGACAGUAUCCUCGUGACCAUCCUCUCCAGGCUCUGUAUGGACGAAGCGGCGAGGUGUUCGAUCCUCUCCUCUCGCUGGCGCCACCUGUUCCCGUCCACCCUGCUCAACUUCAGAGCCUUCACUCGGAGCGGCCGGAACGUCGUCAAGGCCGUCACCUCCAUCCUCGCCGCCUACCCCGACGAGCCCGUACUCUCCUUGAGGACGGGCAUGCUCUUCUUCCGCCCCCAGGACAAGGCCGCCGUCGACGUCUGGCUCCAGGAUCUGUCGAACCGCGGCAUCGAAGAACUCUCCCUCUGGUUCGGCUUCGACGAGAAGCUGCGGCCGAUCCCGGAAUCCCUCUUCGCCUGCUCCUCCCUGAGACGCCUCCACGUGAUCAACGGCACCUUCCCUGACACCACCGAGGCCGCCGCCGCGUCCCUCGCCAGCCUCACAAAGAUCGAGCUGUCCGACGUCAGAAUCUCCCAGAAGUCGAUCAACUCCCUGCUCUCGCAGUGCACGGUGCUGGAGCACCUGACCAUCAAAUUCACCGGCAAGUUGCGCAAGCUCCGUCUCCGGUCUCGGAGCCUCAAGGUCCUGAACAGCACCGGCGACUUCGAGACGCUCGCCAUCGAUGACGCUCCAAACCUGGAGCGGGUCGUCGACAAGCUCAUGAACCAAAGAGAGGUGGAUAUCGAGGUCGUGCACGCGCCCAAGCUGGAGUUCUUAGGCUGCCUCGGCAUGUCCAACGAGAUUGACGUCGGAGACACCAUCUUCGCGGGAAAAGUAAUGCGUGUUGAGACUCUUAUGCCAAGCAUAAAGACACUUGCCGUCGAGAUGAGCUACAUGAACAAGGGGUACACCAUGUGGCUUAUGCAGCUGCUCAAGCUGUUUCCUCACUUGGAGACGCUCUACAUCAAGAGAGACAAUUCGUAUGUGGUCGAACACACCGCGAAUGGGUCGUGGGAGAUGCGGCGACCCAUCCCUUGCAUGAUGAACCACCUAGAGAAGGUGGUGUUCGAAGUUUUCCGAGGACAUAAGUGGGAGAUGGAGAUGGCCAAGUUCCUUCAUGAGAGGUGUGAUUUCCUUAAAACCAUGGAGUUCCACUGCAUGGACGAUGCCAGCAGAAAAAAUUACGGAGGGCCUCCAAGUGAAGAAUGGGUCAGGAAGCGGAAGGAGCUCUUGUGCCUCGACAACCGAGCCGCCGGAGACACUCGUUUGCAGUUCUUCAAUAGGCAGCUCGCGGAAAACCAUCAUGAACAUUGCGACGAUGAGCAGUACCAAAGGGACUACUAUCGUGACAUGUAUGAUGUUUAAUGAAUCCUGUG